UUCUGAAAACGCCCUUCCCGGAAGUCCUGGUCCCGUUAUUGCAGCGAAUCAGAGUACAGCUGUUUCUGAGCACAACAGCCUGUUUUUAGGUCUCAAAUAUCGCAUAGUUUUGUUGUUUAUUAGCUUUACAGCUCAACGUUUUCCCCCCUGUCUCUUUAGACACAUCUUUUAGCGGCUGGCGUUGCUGCAUUUCGGCGCGUGUCUCCCUGUUUGUGUGUUCACGAGAGUAUGGUUGUGUCAACAUCACAACAAGUCGCCCUGGCUUUCACGGCCGUGUUGUUCACGUUUGUUGUGCUGCCCAGGAUGUUUGGCGUCGGCGGCGGGACCGGGGCGAAGGAGACCAGAUUUGACCCUCGUUACAGCAGAAAAGCAGCAGGUCCGGGCCCCGGCGCUGUGAGAGGUCAGCCCAUCAGCGCGAACGCACCCGGCUCAGCUCAGACCCCUGAGAACAUGCAGCAGAUGAAGAAGCUGAUGGAGCAGGAGCUGAAGAGUGACAAGUACAAAUCUAACAGCAACAAGGGCUACGUGUUCACACUGAUGCCGCUCUACGCCAUCGGAGUUGGAGUGUUCGCGGCCUACAAGUUUUUGAAGAUCAAGUCUGCAGAUGAUCAGGAACAAAAGGAAAAAUGUGUAAAAAAAGGAGCAAAGAAAUCAGUGGAAGCAGAGAACCAGUUGAAUGAACUGGAGCAGAGGCUGGCGCAGACGGAGAGGAUGCUGAACUCCAUCCUCACGCAGCUGGACCCGCUCACUAACUGUGUGAAGUCGGUGGCUCAGGAGCAGAAGAACGAGAUCAUGUCUCAACUGCAGACCAUCCGGCACCUGAUGAAGAAGAGGGGAAUGGACUGUCCCCCCCUGAACAUCAACGAAGCAUCCUGCGAGCGUAACCUAGACGACCUCAUUGAGUCACUCGGCGCCAACGACACAUCUUCGGGUGAAGCUUCUCCGGUGGACGUGCAGACUUCUCCGGGAGCAGCAGAUGCUUCCGAACAGGUCCAUCAAAAGCGUUCAGAAGCUAAAGAUGAAGCAGCGACAGAAGGUGAAGAGAUGAAGGAGCUUAUACCCGAGGAAUCGGACGGGGAAGCAGAGGAAGACGGGAACGAGGAGGACACGGAGGAGGAAGAAGGACCGGAGGACUGUGAGCUCAUGCCUUCACUAGAGGACUUACACGAGACAAACAUUGAGGAGGUUGGAGCGGAGCAGCCUGCGUCCGGCCUCAGGCGACGCAACAGGCCCGACUGAACUCGCUGCACUGUAGAGAAAUGUGACAGAUUAUUAUUAAGAUGUAUUCCCUUAAAGGCUUUCAUUGUCUACAUAUUCAACAAAAUCAUAUAUUGCAUUCAUAAGAAACUAUAACUCAUGAGGUUUCUCUAACACACGAGGCUCUAUUGUCCUGUUGCAAACAUGUGCACAAGGUCACUGAGGCCGAGUGCAACUGAUAUUAUGGCUCAUCGGUGCAGGAGGGGAGUGUUGUUGUUAUGAGGAACUGGAACUCUAAAACAUAAUAAUCUAAAUGUGAUGAUAUGGUCCUCAAAGUUAAAACUGUCCUUGUGUUGGAGAAACAAUUUGUGAGCAAAAAAAAGUUGAGAUUUGUUCUUAUAUCACUAACUGCUUGAGGCCCAUUGUGAACAUUUCAAAUCUGAAUAAUUACUUCCUGAGGAAAAGAAGAAAGGCUCGUUCUCCUCCAACCGUUUCCUCUCGUCUCGUCUCGUCUCCUGUAUGGAAGCGUCUGCAUCACGUGCCUCACCACAUGGAUUAAUUUUUCCUUUCGUGUCUCACUCUUCCUCACACUAACGGUGUGACCUCCGCACAUAACGGGGUUUUCUAGCAGUUACUGACACCAGAUGCAUGAAACUUGUUUUAAAAUAAGUGUAACAACCCAAACGAACGUCUGUUAUUUUUCACCUUUUAUACGACACACAGAAACGUGCUCGUGUGUUUUUUGUAAAUAGCAGUUUGUGGGAAAUGGUUGUGCGUACAUGUUGUGUCCUCAGACAUCCUUUCUACACACUAAGUCAAAAACUCGCUGCGCUUAACUUGAACAUGGAGCCCAUACUUUCUUCCAACACUAAUCCUCUUUUUAAACUUGCCUGAUUUUAGGAUGAAAAGUCUUCUUCUCUGGUUUCACGAUCAGCUCUGUCAUUGGUUCAUGUUGGCACCUGCUGAAGCCAAACAUUCAAAGUGUGUGAUCUACGUUAAAGGAGGUUGUGGCCAAAGUCACAUGUGUUUUGCCUUCAUUACAUUUCACAUGGUGGACAAGUUGUCCAUCACAUGUAACUGACUGCAGUGCACAAGUGUUGCAGUUUAAGGACGUGUCGUGUCUUCCUGGGACACGGAAACAGAACUCUUAAUAUCGUUAGUUCCACGUCUUUAAACGGCUUCUCUGUAUGUUGUGCUUUCAACGUUGCACCACUCUGUGCUGCCAAGUAACAGACAAAAUCCAUAGAAGUCUUACCAUUUCCUGUUUUAUUAAUAUAUAUACUAACAUUUUAUCAUGAAGGGACACUAAUGCUGGAUGUGAUGAGCUGAAUAUUCUAAUGUAAAGUGUGAACUGCAUGUGUUUGUUUGAAUCCUUUCUUUUGUCUGCACAUUGUGACUGCAUAAAUGUAUUUAUUCAAAAGUAAAAUGACAAUCAUUUGGUCAACCAGAAACACAUGAACUCACAUUAAACUUUUCUACUUGUA